CGUACAAUUUCCACUGCAGCGCUCCCUCUGUGUAUCAUUUUGCUAACUAAACGCGCGUCAUUAAAAAAACUCCUUCUAAAUAACAACUUAAUAUACUAAAGCCACAACACAGUAUGUCCUAUCGCUUAUUUACUAGACUAAAACAUCAUGAGUUCACUCUUUUUGUCUGGAUACUCACUGCGGUCACUCGUCUCCGUGCACACUGAAGCGUCUCCAGCUUGCUAGCAUAACUUGCUAGCUGCGAACAAAGAGACUCGUUUGUUGGCAGCAUAUUGUGUUAAGAAAAUAUCAAGUGUGAGUAUAAAGUGAUUAUCACGAGGAAAUGUCUGCCAACAUUUUAGAAGACGAGGGUGAACUUUCUCGGACAAAGGGGAACAAGCGACGGCGUCAGUUACUGGACGCUGUUUUCAAGAAGCCUCCAGUUGGGUUCCGGAAAACAGAUGUCAGUGAAUAUCUUUGCCAAGAGCAGCAGGAGCCGGAGUCGCCUUACGCUAAAGAAGAAGAAGAGGAGGAGGAUAGAGUGAUGUCAGAAUUCCCCCACAUUAAGGAGGAAGAACAAGAGGCCGAUAUCACCAAUUUUACAUUGACUGGUGUCAUUGUCAAGAUUGAAGAUGAUGAUGAAAGCGAAAGUAAUGGCAACAACUGUGGAGGAUCACAAGCAGACAGCCUCUUACCGCCACUAUCAGACAGUGACCAAACGUCACACACUUCUGACACUGAUGACGAGGAGCACUCAAAAGGUGACAUAUGUCACACUGACAACAAACCCUGGAAAUGUUCUCACUGUGAGAAAACAUUUGAUGCCAAGUAUACUUUGAAAGUACACAUGAGAAUACAUACUGGGGAGAAGCCUUUUGCCUGCUCAGUUUGUGGUAAAACAUUCACUCAGAGGGGACAUUUGGGAACACAUGCAAGAAAACACACUGGGGAAAAACCUUUUGUCUGCUCAUUUUGUGGUAAACGAUUCUCUGGAAAGGGAAACUUAAGAACACAUACAAGAACACACACUGUGGAGAAACCUUUUACCUGUUCAGUGUGUGGUAAAAGAUUCACUAUAAAGGGAAACUUACGAACACACACAAGGACUCAUACUGGGGAGAAACCUUUUGCCUGCACGGUUUGUGGUAAAAAAUUCUCUCAAAAGCCAAAUUUGGUUACACAUGCAAGAACUCACACUGGGGAGAAACCAUUUGCAUGCUUAAUUUGUGGCGCAACCUUCUCUACAAAGGAUGGUUUAAUCAGGCACACGAAAACACACACUGGAGAUAAACCUUUUCCAUGCUCAGUUUGUGGUAAAAGAUUUUCUCAAAAGCCAAAUUUGGCUGCACACAUAAAAACACACAGUGGAGAGAAGCAUUUGCCUCCUCAGUUUCUGAUAACAGAUUCAGACGAGUGAUACACAAAUGUUUUUUCCCCCCCCCAAUGUUGAUACUUAUUAUUAUUGGUAGUGAUGGAAGCCAUUGACCAUUAUUAGUAGCCUGUAUCUGUCUGUGGUAAAUAGGAAAAUAUUGGCUCUAAGCAUGUUUGUUUAUAGACCUGCAACAUGUUAAAGUUAUUUUUCUAUCUUAGAAAAUAGACUUUUUUGUUUUAAAGUCGAACAAAAAUGUGCAGGGAGCUUGCAUGCUCAGCAGCAUGUCUUUAAACGGUCAAUGAGUGAGUUUCCUACAGUAAACAGCUAUCAUUAUUAUUAUUUUUGUUUGUUCAAAAACAAAAAAGUGCAUCCGCAUUGCAGGUUCUGGCUAGUAGCUCACGAGUAGUACUUAAACAUCCUGCCACUUUUUGAUUCAUUGCUUAUUGUGCGAGUUCAAUUCCACCUCUGGCCCUCCCUCUGUGGAGUUUGCAUGUUCUCCCCAUGGGUUUUCCCAGGGCACUCCAGUUUCCUCCCACAUCCCAAAAACAUGCUUGGUAGACCGAUUAAGCA